AUGCCUGCCGUCACAGACUCUCAGACCCGUGGCCGCCUUGCCGGCAAGAACGCCAUCAUCACCGGUGCUGCCGGUGGCAUUGGCCUUGAGACGUCCAUCCUCUUUGCCAAGGAGGGUGCUUCCGUUCUCUUGUCUGAUAUUUCUCAGCCUGCUCUUGAAAAGGCUGCUGCCAAGGUCAAGCAGCUCGUCCCCAACGCUCCCCGCGUCGAGAUCUUUAAAUGCGACGUCUCCAAGGAGGCCGAGGUCAAGGCCAUGGUUGAGACUCUCGACUCUUGGGGCGGUAUUGAUGUCAUGUUCAACAACGCCGGCAUCAUGCACGCUCAGGACGACGACGCCGUCAACACCCCCGAGAACAUCUGGGACCUGACUCACAACAUCAACGUCAAGGGCGUCUGGUUCGGCUGCAAGCACGCCGUGCUCUCGCUCCGCCGCCACCAAAAGACAAAGGCCAGCAUCAUCAACACAGCCUCUGUCGUCGCCCUCGUCGGUGCUGCCACCCCUCAGCUGGCCUACACCGCCAGCAAGGGUGCUGUCCUCGCUCUCACCCGUGAGCUCGCCAUGGUUCACGCCAGGGAGGGAUACAGGUUCAACAACCUCUGCCCUGCGCCGCUCAACACGCCUCUGCUGCAGGAUUGGCUCGGUGAUGACAAGGAGAAGCGUCAUAGGCGAGAGGUUCACUUCCCCAUGGGUCGGUUCGGUGAGGCUGUUGAGCAGGCGCAUGCUGUUGUCUUCCUGGCUAGUGAUGAGUCGAGCUUUGUCAAUGGUCAUGACUUUGCUGUUGAUGGUGGCAUGACCAAGGCCUAUGUCACUGCUGAGGGCCCUGCCGCUCCUCCUCCUCAGAACAACGCCCUCAAGGACUCUCUGUAA